AUGCAACAUGAAGGUAGCUACCCAGAUCCAUGCAACGUUUGUGGUGAGCAGAUACCUAUCUACAGUGAAGUAAAGGAGCCUUUCCAAAGGUUAUGCCACUCACUGGCGAAACACUGUGACGAUAAGGACCUUGUACGAGACGCCAUUGACGCUUAAUGUGAUUUCACUUGCUCCAAUGGUUUCGCUCUCAUGGAACAUGCUAAAAUACAUGAUACAACUGUUGCAAAACAAAACCUACGGGAGAUCAAAAGAGACCUUCCAAUCGUGUGCCCAUAUUGUAAACGAAUGCUUUUAUGUUCUGCACGUUUUUCGCAUCGUGUCACGCUUCUUGCACAUUUUGUAAAAUUCCACAGAUUGAGCCCAGAAGACGUUCAAGACUUCACCAGUAAAUGCGCCACAUGGAACCUAACACGAGAGUUUCCUUACAUCGAUCCUGCUUUGUCGAUAAAGCUUGGCAAACUUCAGUGUGCCAUUUGCGAAGCAUCGCUUCCGGACACUGCUCAGAUUUUGAAGCAUGCGACAAUCGUGCAUGAGGGCUAUAAACCCAACUCUGCUGCCGAAGAGUUGGUUAUGGAAGCUGGCUCAAGUGACAUGACCUUAGAAUGGGCUGGCAGUACAGCUGAAGUACAACAUCCUGUUCGCUCGACUAGCUUCGAGACGUUCAGCGAUGAGAAGAUUUUCAGCAAGUUUUCACAAACAAGUGAAGUAACUGUCAGUGCAAGUGCGCCACUGGAAUGCACCUCUCAAGAGGCUGCGUCUGGUGUAAACAUUGAUUUCACUCAUUCUGCUGAGGGAAAAGAUGAAGCAUUAUUCACUGUUGUUACUCCAAAGAAAGAGCUACUGUCAAGUUCAGGACGACGGCUGUCGCGGAGUUACGCACCAAUGAACGAUCGUGUGCCACAACUGCCAUCGUCCUCUGAUGAUGAAGUUAUCCGAGAAGGUGGCAAAAGCGCAAUCACUAGUACUGAAAAUCUGAAUUCGCAAGGUGAGGCUCGCGAUGAGCAAGAAAAUUAUGAGGAAGCAGCAUGUACGUCGAAGCGGGAAGGUUAGUU